UCAAUUCACAAACUUCCUGCUCUGGGCUCAGCAGCUCCCCUGACCCAGGCCACCCCAACUGGAGGGUUCGGAGGCCACACUUGAGGCCCAGGCGGGGCCCAGGCGGGGCCCAGAGCGGAAAGAUGGCUGAUGGGGGCAGCGACCUCAGCACCAGGGUGUCUGCAGAAGACCAGAGCAUCGAUGACAGACUCAUCUAUGAGACUGUAUUCAAACACUUCAAAAGACACAAGGUGGAGAUUUCAAAUGCAAUAAAAAAGACAUUUCCUUUCCUUGAAUGCCUCCGUGACCGUGAACUCAUCACCAAUAAAAUGUAUGAAGAUUGUCAAGAUUCUUGUAGAAACCUGGUCCCUGUACAAAGAGUGGUGUAUAACGUUCUAAGUGAGCUGGAGAAGACAUUUGACCUGCCACUUCUAGAAGCAUUGUUCAGCGAGGUCAACAUGCAAGAAUACCCUGAUUUAAAUCACAUUUAUAAUAGCUUCGAAAAUGCAAUCCAAGAAAAACUUAGUCACCAAGAAAGUGAUGGAGAAGAAGCGGUGAACAGUCCUAAUAUCCAACUGAGCCUUGAACAAGGAACUGGUGAAAACUCAUAUCGAAGCCUGACCUGGUCGUGCCCACAGUCCUCAUCUUACAACGGUACAGCCCCAUCUGAAAAUGGACUCUCGGAGAACCUCUGUGAAACAGAGCAGAUAAAUGCAAAGAGAAAAGAUACAACAAGUGACAAAAAUGAUGCACUAGAAAGCCAAGAAGCAAAUAAAGAGUGUGCCCAAGAGUCUGAGCCAGCAGAGUCCUGUGAACAAGCACCUAUCCACGUGGAUAAUGGAGAUACAAGAGAAGAGACACCCAGCACAUCGCCCUGUGAUGAAGAAAGAGUAGAGCUACCAGGCCAUGGGAUCCAAAUAAAUUCCUGUUCUGUAUAUCUGGUGGAUAUAAAGAAGGAAAAGCCAUUUUUUAACUCGACAGUUGAUCGGCAAGCCCAAGCGAGGACCAACUGUAACCAGGCCUCUGACAUAAUAGUAAUCAGCAGUGACUCUGCAGAAUCCAGUGAUGGAGACGAGCCCCCAGAAGCCUCCACGUCAGCACUGGAAAAUGGACCUGUGACCAAUAACCUUGACUCAUUAGAAUCAAGGAAGAGAAAAGAGUCCCAAGAAGCUGCCUGCUCACCACUCCAUAUUACAGCAGUGAAAAAAUUUGAUGACUCUUCAGAGUCUAGUGAAGAAGAAGAGCCCCCAGGAGUCUUGAGCUCAGCACUGAGAAGUGAUCCUGGUGAGGAGGAUCCUGUGGACAUUGGAAACAAAUCUAUUUGGGGGAUAAACAAUAGGAAAAGACGGAUCAGCAGUGGUGACUUUUCAGAAUUGAGCCACACGGAAGAACCUCAGGAAUCUUCUAGCUCAGACCUAAGAAGUGGGUCAGGAGCAGAACCGCAAGGACUUGGAAAUAAGAAGUGUUCCUGUGUCAUGUGUUUUUCAAAAGAUACCAUGGAUAUUGGAAACAGUUCUACUUCGGGAAAACACAAUGAGAAAAUAAGAAAAAAGAGAAGAUAUAAACGUAAAAAAAGCAGUCUCAAAAAAGGUACAGUGAGGAGAUACAAACGUAGAAUCCAAAAUCUGAGUAACAGAGCUCCAAGGAAAAGAGGCAGACCAAAAGGGAGAAAAACAGUCAACACUGGGCCUUUGAGAAGAGUCAGAAAAAGAGGUCCAAGAAUUCCCAGAGAUACAAAUAUGAAUUUUCACCUUCCAAAAGUUCCUGUGACCUGUGGAGAGGCAAAGGGGAUUUUAUAUAAGAAAAAAAUGAAAGAAGGAAUCGCACAGAGGUGUAUAAAGGGUGAGGAUGGAAGGUGGUUCACCCCCAGGGAAUUUGAAAUUGAAGGAAACCACGGACCAUCCAAGAACUGGAAGAUGAGCGUGAGGUGUGGCGGAUUCCCCCUGAAACAGCUGAUUGAGAAUAAAUUUCUACCAGACCCACCAAGAAAAAGGAGAAGAAAGACUGUCCCAGAGAAUGGGAGAGAUGACCCUUACCCGGAAAACUCAAAUGAAUGUGAGGUGUGCGGUGGACACGGGAUGCUGUUCUGCUGUGAUACUUGUUCAAGGUCCUUUCAUGAGACAUGCCACAUCCACCCUAUAGAUGCUGAAAGGGACCCAUGGAGUUGCAUCAUCUGCAGGGUAAAAGCUAUUAGGGAAAGGUACUCACAAAGCCAGGUAUGUCACCAGGAAUCAGAGGUCCUGAAGAGGCGGAUGCUGCCUGAGGAGCAGUUGAAAUGUGAGUUUGUCCUUUUGAAGGUCUACUCCUGUCCAAAAAGCUCCUUUUUUGCCUCAAAACCGCAUUAUGGUCGAGAGGCACCUCAUGGCCUGAAAAAGCCCAUGUGGCUAAGCAAAAUCAAGAAAAAGCUGAAUAUGAAACUGUACAUCCGAGUGGAGGGGUUUGUGCAGGACAUGAGCCUCAUCUUUCAGAACCACAGGGCAUUUUACAAGAACAACCAGAAAUUCAUCAGACUGGGAAGUCAAGUAGAGGACGUAUUUCAGAAUAAUUUCAGAAACACCUUUGCAAUUCAGGAAAGAAGCGAGAACAGUUCUCAGUUGGAGCCCCCUCUUUUAUAAAGUAGCCCAUCCCCCCCUUCCAUCGUUAGCAACUACAUGAUAAGGCGCUGUGGUCAAAAUGUAAACAUUUUGCCUGUUGCUGUGCAAAAAACUUUUUCAAACAUAUUUUUUGUUGCCAUUUCCACUCAUUUAUUUUUCUAAAUAAAAUCUAAAAUUAUCCUGUCAAGUUAUCUUAUUGAAUUAUUUGGAGCGAAAUUUACAAUAGAAAACGUUGGGUCUUUCCACAAAGGCUCAUCUUGUGUGCUUCCAUUUAUUUGAAUCUUUUAUUAGGUCCUUAAGUAAAGUUUUUCACCUCUUUUCUCCUCUCCACACAGGACUUAUCUGUUUCUUUCUUUCCUUUUUUUUUUUUUUUUUUUUUUUUUUACACUGUCAGGUAGUUAAUAUUUUUUCAUGUUAUUGUGAAAGUGAACUUUUCCCCCAAUAUAUUUUAUUACCAAAUAUUGAUCCCUAAUAGAAAGCUACUGUAAUUUAUAUACUGUGGUCACCGAUUACCUUACUGAAUACUGGAUAGCAUCCUUCUUUGCCUCAUACCCAGUGGCAUCAGGAAGCAGAGUAGCCAAUUUUCAAUUCACGGAUCAUAAUUGGUUCAGCUGCUGGAAGCAUUCCUCACUCGGGCCCUGAAAUCUCCGACAGUUCUUGGUUCUGUUGAUGAAUGGCUCUGCCGUGGCACUCUCGUGACCUUGCACGUCUCCACAUAAACCACAUAGGCAGAGUUUAACUGCCGCUGAUUCGAUCUAAGUCUUGGCAGACGGCCCUGCGAUCAUUCCAGAACACGAGAGCAUAGGAGGCUGGUGACAUGUCCCACUCACCGCCUUAUCUUGCCGAGGUUAUCACGACACGCUCUCUCCUCAGGCUGCAAAUUCCAAUGAGGUGUGAGGCCUCUGCCUCUUGUUUUAGACUCUGGCUGCUGGGCCCCGUAACUGCUCCACUGUGACCUGAGCGUGUGCCGCAUCUCAGGCUGCUGCAAAUGCCACGUCCCCUUUUGUUGGGUGCCACCCCACGAGACAAAGGACAUGGGGAGCUGGUGCCUUUGUUCUUCUUGCUUUUGCUGUCUACAUAAGUCAUAAACUGUCUGAAUCUAAAAAAGGUGCAUUGUUUCUUUACCAGCCAGAUCAGUCAGCCUUGCUGGACAGGUCCCCGGAUCCAGCAUCUUCUGGCUAGAGCACCUGACAAGGAGUACCCCAGGUUGAUAGCUGGUUCAGAGCACGCACUACGCCCUUCAGGGAAAUACUUCAACUCGGGAAUGAUUGCCUCCAGCUCGUUCCAAAGGUGACUCUCCAACACACCACUUCAUUCAAUCAUGAAAUUUUGUUGUUGGAAUGGGUCAUUUUGAAGAUGAAAUUAAUUUACGUAUGUGAGCUGUUUAAAAUCAUGUCAGAGACACAUGAAUAUACCGCUGUGGCUACACACAGUAGGGAUUCUGUAUUCAGAAUGUUAAUUCAAGCAAAAGGAGGCAUUUCUAGUUGUCUACUUAGCUAGUUGAUAGAUACUCAGACAAAUGGAGGCCAUAAAAGCCAAAAUUGAUAGCCCUUCCCAAAGAGACCUUUGUCUAUUUUCCAAGGUAACGAUGCU